AAAGAAACGGCAGUCUUUUCAGCCACAACCCUCUUUUGACCAAAAUAGAGCAGCAGACAUCAAAUAGUUAGAAAUGGCUGCCACCGGAGUUCUUCCCUUUAUACGGGGGGUAGACCUCAGUGGAAACGACUUUAAAGGUGGAUACUUCCCAGAGCACGUUAAGUGUAUGAGCAGCCUGCGAUGGCUGAAACUGAACAGGACAGGACUGUGUUACCUCCCAGAGGAGCUGGCCUCUCUGCAGAAGCUGGAGCACCUUUCAGUGAGUCACAACAACCUGACCACUUUACAUGGGGAACUGUCCAGCUUACCGAAUCUACGGGCGGUGGUAGCCAGAGCCAACAAUCUGAAAAAUUCUGGAGUCCCAGAUGACAUUUUUCAGCUCGAUGACCUCUCUGUGCUGGACCUGAGCUACAAUCAGCUGACAGAGAUCCCCAGGGACCUGGAGAACAGCAAGAACAUGCUGGUGCUCAAUCUGAGCCACAACAGCAUCGACUCCAUCCCCAACCAGUUGUUCAUCAAUCUGACAGACCUGCUGUAUCUGGACCUGAGUGACAACAAGCUGGACAGCUUGCCACCCCAGAUGAGACGCCUGGUGCACCUGCAGACUCUGAUUCUAAACAACAACCCGCUGAUGCAUGCCCAGUUGCGUCAGCUCCCAGCAAUGGUGGCAUUACAGACUCUGCACCUGAGGAACACCCAGAGAACACAGAGCAACAUGCCCACCAGCCUGGAGGGACUAACACAAUUAGCAGAUGUUGACCUUUCAUGUAAUGACCUGACUCGAGUACCAGAGUGCCUGUAUUCACUGAGCAGUCUGAAGAGGCUGAACCUGAGCAGUAAUCAGAUUUCUGAGCUCUCGCUCUGCAUGGACCAGUGGACCCAGCUGGAGACGCUUAACCUAAGCCGCAACCAGCUCACCUCACUGCCUUCUGCCAUCUGUAAGCUGUCCAAACUGAAGAAGCUGUACCUCAACUCCAACAAACUGGACUUUGAUGGGGUUCCACCCGGAGUGGGCAAACUGUCCAACCUCACUGAAUUCAUGGCUGCUAACAACAACCUGGAACUCAUCCCUGAGGGACUCUGCAGGUGUGGCAAGCUGAAGAAGCUGGUGCUGAAUAAAAACCGUCUGGUUACCUUACCUGAGGCUAUCCACUUCUUGACAGACUUAGAGGUGCUUGAUGUGCGUGAGAACCCCAACCUCGUGAUGCCUCCUAAACCAGUCGACCGCGCAGCAGAGUGGUACAACAUUGACUUCUCCCUACAGAACCAGCUCCGUCUGGCCGGAGCCUCCCCUGCUACCGUUGCAGCCGCAGGAGGAGGAGCCAGUCCCCGGGAUCCCAUGGCAAGGAGGAUGCGACUGAGGAGGAGGAAGGACUGUUCUCAGGAUGAUCAAGCAAAGCAAGUGCUGAAGGGCAUGAGUGAUGUCGCACAUGAGAAGAAGAAUUUGGAGGAAAACGGGGAUUUGAAAUAUGGUGAUUUAAAAGUCCGGCGCUGGGACAAGAGCCUAGAGAAGCCUCAGCUGGACUACUCGGAGUUCUAUAUGGAGGAUGUGGGGCAGAUUCCAGGUGUGACAGUGUGGCAGAUAGAGAACUUCAUUCCCCUACAAGUGGACGAAGCUUUGCACGGCAAGUUCUACGAGGCCGACUGUUACAUCAUCCUCAAGACAUAUCUGGAUGACAAUGGAGCAUUAAACUGGCAGAUCUUCUACUGGAUUGGUCAGGAAGCCACCCUGGACAAGAAGGCCGGCUCUGCCAUCCAUGCAGUCAACCUCAGAAAUUUCCUAGGAGCAGAGUGCCGGACGAUAAGGGAAGAGAUGGGAGACGAGAGCGACGAGUUUACUGCCGUUUUUAACAAUGACAUCUCUUACAUCGAGGGAGGAACAGCCAGUGGAUUUUACACUGUGGAAGAGACACAGUAUCCACUAAGGUUGUACAGAGUCUACGGCAAGAAAAACAUCAAACUGGAGUCUGUUCCUGUAAAGGCCUCGUCCCUCGAUCCACGCUUCGUCUUCCUGUUGGAUUCAGGCCUGGAAAUCUUUAUCUGGAGAGGAGCCAACGCUACUCUCAGCGCCACCACCAAGGCCAGGUUAUUUGCUGAAAAGAUAAAUAAGAACGAACGUAAGGGGAAGUCAGAGAUCAUCACCCUCAUGCACAACCAGGAGCCUCCAGGAUUCUGGGAGACGCUGGGAGGGCAGCCAGAGGAGAUCAAGAAACACGUGCCAGAUGACUUCACUCCAAUAAGACCUAAACUAUAUAAAGUGGGCUUGGGUCUUGGCUACCUGGAGCUGCCUCAGAUUAACUACAAGCUCUCAGUCGAGCACAAAGAUCACAAGGUCAAACUGGACGUCCUGCCAGAGCUCAGACUGUUGCAGUCCCUGCUGGACACAAAGUGCGUUUACAUCCUGGACUGCUGGUCUGACGUCUUCAUCUGGAUCGGGAGGAAGUCUCCCCGUCUCAUCCGAGCCGCCGCCUUAAAGCUUGGUCAGGAGCUGUGCUCCAUGCUGCACCGGCCCAAACACGCAUGUGUCACCCGCAACCUGGAGGGCACAGAGUGCCAGGUUUUCAAGUCCAAGUUUAAGAAUUGGGAUGAUGUGCUGAAGGUGGACUACACCAGAGCAGCGGAGACUGUGCAACAGAAGGAUAAUCUGCAGGGCAAGGUGAAGAAGGAUGCAGAGCAGAAAGACCAGAUGAAAGCUGACCUCACAGCUCUCUUCCUUCCCAGGCAGCCACCCAUGCCCCUCACUGAGGCUGAACAGCUGAUGGAGGAGUGGAACGAGGACCUAGAUGGCAUGGAAGGAUUUGUGUUGGAGGGAAAGAAGUUUGCUCGCCUCCCUGAGGAGGAGUUUGGGCACUUCUACACACAAGAUUGUUAUGUCUUCCUCUGCAGAUACUGGGUGCCUGUGGAGUACGAGGAUGAAGAGAAGGAAAAGAAGGAGGGUGAGCAAGGAGCAGGGGGAGAUGGGGAGGAGGAGGACAAACAGCCUGAGGAGGACUUCCAGUGUGUAGUUUAUUUCUGGCAGGGCAGGCAGGCCUCCAACAUGGGCUGGCUCACCUUCACCUUCUCCCUGCAGAAGAAGUUUGAGAGUCUUUUCCCUGGAAAACUGCAAGUGGUGCGUAUGACUCAGCAGCAGGAGAACCUCAAGUUCCUGUCCCACUUUAAGAGGAAGUUCAUCAUCCACAAAGGGAAGAGGAAACAGAACACCGACUCUGCCCAGCCCUCCCUCUACCACAUACGCACCAAUGGCAGCGCACUUUGCACCAGAACCAUUCAGAUUGGUACAGAUUCCGGCAAUCUCAACUCUGAGUUCUGCUACAUACUCAAGGUACCGUUUGAGAGCACAGAUAAUCAGGGCAUCGUUUACACCUGGGUGGGCAGAGCCGCCGAUCCCGAUGAAGGAAAGCUGGCCGAGGACAUCAUGAACAGCAUGUUCGACGACACGUACAGCAAGCAGGUGAUUAAUGAAGGGGAGGAGCCAGAGAACUUCUUCUGGGUGGGCAUUGGUUCUCAGAAACCUUAUGAUGAAGACGCAGAGUACAUGAAACACGCUCGUCUCUUCCGGUGUUCAAACGAGAAAGGUUAUUUCUCUGUGUCAGAGAAGUGCUCAGACUUCUGCCAGGAUGACUUGGCUGAUGAUGACAUCAUGUUGCUGGAUAACGGCAAAGAGGUGUACAUGUGGGUUGGUACCCAGACUAGCCAGGUGGAGAUCAAACUCAGUCUCAAAGCCUGCCAGGUUUACAUCCAGCACAUGCGCUCCAAGGAAACCGAACAAUCGAGGAAGCUUCGGCUGGUGAGGAAGGGCAACGAGCCUCACUGCUUCACGCGCUGCUUCCACGCCUGGGGACCCUUCAAAACUCCCCCUGCAUAGGCCAAACACUAUCCCAAUCACACACACUGCCAGAGAGUUCUCUACAGAAAUGUAUCCCAGCUUUACCCGAGACCGUUCCCCUCCAUCCAUGCUCAGCAGCCUUUUUGGUCAAGCGGCUGCUGGCUGCUAAGUAUCUGAUAUAGACUGCAAAUUACCCCCUUCCCUCUUUUCCCCCAAGCUUUUUUAUUUUCUUAGCAAGUCUGAAUUAAAGAAUUAUGUUUUGAGAUAAAAAUGGGCUUUAUGAAAACCUAAGGGAGCUGCACCGUCUAACAUAUCGAUCUGUUCUGCUGCUUUCACGUGGCUCGUGCUGCAUGGUCGACAGUCGUCAGCGGGGAGGGCUAGGCGCUCCUUCACGCAGCUUAAGGCAGGGACUAGUGUGUAUUCUCGUCGUCAUUGAGGGACUGAACACGAAACAGCACUAUAAUAGUUUUUCUGAGGAAUGUCAUUUUAUAUAUUAUAUAUUUUUCAUGAAGUGUGAGUGUCUACCCUGUGCGCCUUUGCUGAAAUGGGGUAAUCCCCUUAGUAUACUUUUGCUCUCACCUCCUGAUCCUGUUAAGAGCAUGAUGGACAGUAAUUUAAGUAAAGUAACACAGUCACGUUUAUUUGGCCAAAGAAAUCUUGUCAGGGUCAGAGCAAAGUCUUUUGGGGUUUUUUUGUAAUGUUUGAGGACUGAUGUUUGUGCAAUUGGUGAAGGUCGGGAGUUUCUGAAACUGAACAAUACUGUAUUCUUCAUCACAGGCUGCUUUUAACUUGUCAAAUGUUUAUUUUCUGGAGAGAAUCCGAAGAAAGAAGAUAUUUCUUUCCAAAAUAAAAAAUAGAGAAUGUGUACCUACAUUUGAAAAAGUAAAUGCAUGAUAUUUAAAAUGCUACAGGUUUAAAACUUUAGGCGCACGUUUGCUUUUCAAAUAGCUUCCUUAUUGGGACAGAACUCCGAAAUGGGAGAGCUCGAGCAUUGUAUCGUGACUUCUGGUUCUGCUAAUCUUUGAGUUGUUAAAGCACUUUUUAAAAAUCAUUGCAGCCGGCGCCGUCAAACUAAACUGCUGCGGUGCUUCUAAUGAUCAUGUGACCUGUGUUGGAUGUUGGCACUGGUGCAGGCAAAACCCAGUCUGUGUUCCCAGAUGGCUGCAACUUCCAUCAUUUUGGUUAAUAUUGUGUGGGGUGUAUGCCUGUCUGUGUGUUUGAGUCCUGCACACAUACAUGUGUGUAUCUGAAAAUGUGCACAUGCUCCUGAUGCCACCUGCAGAUGCUUUAUUUAUGUAUUUUAUAUAAAAAUAAAAUUUCACAUCACA